UCCUCCCGCACAAGAGAAGAAGAAGCCACGAUCUCACUCAACCUGUACCCCCGCGCCCCCACGAAACGCCCAACUUCCCGGCGAUUCCAACGGUCAACUCCCUCCACGACGCGGGGCUCGGUCGCCCCGGUUGCGGGAAAUGACCGAUUCGCCACCCGAGCCCGCGCCCUAUAAAGACCCCGAGCACCGCCGCAUCCUCCCCCACCGCCGCGCCGCUCCUCCUCCCGAGGAGAUCCCGAUCGAGAUCGUGAGCGACGACGAGAUGGCGCUCCUCGAAACCGCCCUGGCCGCCGCCGCCGCCCGCGUCUCUCUCGCCGGAAAGGCUCUGUCCCCUCCCGGGUUCCGGAGGAGCGCGCGGUCCGUCGGGUCCGUCUCGGCCGUCUCCGGGAGGGGGCCGUCGGGCGGGUCGGAAUCCGACUUCGAGGACUUUGGGAGUCAUCGCGGAGGUCCGACGGGGAAGGACGGGGAAGGAGAGGCUCGGUCGUUGUUGGAACGGUUCAGGAGGAAGAAGGGCUUGUCUGUCACUGAUAUUACCCGCACGGAAUGGUGUGAAAAGCAGAUGGAGUUUGAUCUCCUUGUUGGGAAGAGGAGAACUACAAAAGCUAUGAAAGCAGGUACUGCUCGCCAUGAGAAGCUUGAACAAGAGGUUGUUAAAAAGGUUAAAGUUCGCGUAAAAUCUCCUGAAGAUAGUUGGGCUACCAGAUUAAUGAACUUUAUAACAGGUGUAAAUCAACUGUUGUUUGAAGGGUUAACUCGUGAAUUGCCAAUAAUGUGCUUUUUACAAGAUAUUUGUAUGGUGGGAGUGAUUGAUGAGGUUCGAAUGCCUGUCUGUGGAACCGAGAGAAACCCAAUACUGGUGGACAUCAAAACUCGUGUCCGAAAUUCACUUCCAGCUGAACCACAGAGAAGAAAUGGACGGUUUCAGUUGAUGUGCUACAAGCAUAUGUGGGAUUUGUCAGUGGGCAAGAACUUCCCCAGUAAACAAUUCUUCGAUUAUUUUAAUUUGAACCCUCUUCGUAUUUUAUCUGAAGAUAUCAGGGAGAAUGUUGCUAAUGCAGGUUUUCCUGCAGAGAACCUUGAUGACAUAUUGAGAUACUACAGGAACACAUGUCCAAUGCUACCUAUGGCUAACGAUCAGCUGUUACUGAGGUAUGAAUUACAAAAAGAUCAUUCAGUGCUUGGCGAAGAUCUGUUCGCGUACGAUCCAGACUGGUUUGAGAAUGAAAUCGGGACUCGUCUCGAGGUCUGGCGUGGCGAACGUGAAGCGACGUACACUCCCGAGCAGGAGCGUUGGAAAUGCAGCUUCUGCGAAUAUGCUUCGUUAUGUCCCGUGCGGGACAUCGAUGAUGCGACUUCUGGAUCUGUAGAUUCCCGUCAGGGCAGAACAUGAUGUUAAAGAGGAAUGUAGUUCUGUCAUGCCAUGUUCCCUACAGAGAAGCUGCUUUUUUCGAGCUUCUUUGUUCCAUGCCUGCUUGCUGGGUGCAGUCUUAGAGUCGCCUUCUCCGGGCUUUGUUAAUUUAGCAAUUACUUGUAUUUAUCGUGUAAUGAUCAGUUAAUAGUUGUUGUGCAAUUUUUAAUUCAUUUAUCCAGUAUUAGUUAUUUUUUCGCGA